CUCUGCACACUCCAGCCAGACUCCCCCCCGGCCCAGCCAUGACAGGAAAAGCCGCCUCAGAGGCCCCUGCUCCUGAUCCGGAGGAGAACGCCUCCGAGGUGGCCCAGGUGCCCACAGAGCCCUCAGAGGAAGGGGCAGCGUCGCAGACGGUCACGCAGGAAGAGCAGGCUCCCACGGCAACGCCUCAGGCACCUGCCCCUGCAGCCGCUAAACCUGAGCCUCCAAGUGAAGACCUGCCCAGCACCCCUCUGCUGCUGACCGUGGAGGACGUGAGCGACAGCUCGGUGACCGUGAGCUGGGAGCCCCCGGAGCAGCUGGGCAGGCUGGGCCUCCAGGGCUACCUGCUGGAGCUUCGCAGGGAGGGAGCCUCGGAGUGGGUGCCCGUGAACACCCGGCCCGUGAUGGUGACUCAGCAGACCCUGCGGAACCUGGCCCUGGGAGACAAGUUCUUCCUGCGCGUGGCUGCCGUGAGCUCUGCAGGGGCCGGCCCACCGGCUGUGCUGGACCAGCCUGUGCACAUCCGCGAGAUCGUAGAGCCCCCCAAGAUCCGUGUGCCCCGCCACCUCCGCCAGACCUACAUCCGAGAGGUGGGAGAGUCAAUCAACCUGCAGAUCCCCUUCCAGGGGAAUCCCAAGCCUCAGGCCUCCUGGACCCACGACGGCCACGCCCUGGACAGCCAGAGGGUGAGCGUGCACAGUGGGGACCAGGACUCCAUCCUCUUCAUCCGCUCGUCCCAGCGCUCCGACUCAGGCCGCUACGAACUCACCGUGCGGCUGGACACCCUGGAGGCCCGGGCAGCCAUCGACAUCCUGGUCACAGAAGCCGGGCCCCCCAGCAGCAUCCGGCUGCUGGACGUCUGGGGCUGCAACGCUGCCCUGGAGUGGACGCCGCCCCAGGACACAGGCAACACGGAGCUCCUGGGCUACACGGUGCAGAAGGCCGACAGGAAGACAGGGCAAUGGUUCACCGUGCUGGAGCGCUACCACCCGACCACCUGCACCGUCUCCGACCUCGUCGUGGGCAACUCGUACUCCUUCCGAGUCUUCUCGGAAAACCUGUGUGGACUCAGCGCCUCGGCCGCGGUCACCAAGGAGCUUGCCCACAUCCAGAAGGCAGAUAUUGCUGCCAAACUUAAAAGGUUUGUUGCAAGAGACUUCUCAGAAGCCCCCUCAUUCACCCAGCCCCUGGUCGACCACACCACCACCCCUGGCUACAGCACCCAGCUCUCCUGCAGUGUCCGAGCUUCGCCCAAGCCCAAGAUCAUCUGGAUGAAAAACAACAUGAACAUCCAGGGGGACCCCAAAUACCGCGCCUUCUCCGAGCAAGGCGUCUGCACCCUGGAGAUCCGGAAACCCAGCCCCUUUGACUCUGGGGUCUACACCUGCAAGGCCGUCAACGCGCUCGGGGAGGCAACCGCAGACUGCCGGCUGGAGGUCAAAGCCGCAGCCACACACUGAACAGCGCUGGAGGAGGCUGUGGUGAGGACACAGGU